AUGGAUGUUCCCCAGCUGUCUCACAGGUGUGCCCUCACGCUGCCCUGCUGUGCAGAAGCUGGUGGGGCCACCUGUGCCAAAGCCCCCCAGGUCACAGGGGUCACAGUUCAGCUGGAGAUGCACACGCUGUGGCAACAGUUUGACCAGCUGGGCACAGAGAUGAUCGUCACCAAGGCUGGGAGGAGGAUGUUCCCUACCUUCCAGGUGAGUAUCUCAGGGAUGGACCCUGCAGCGGAGUAUGUGCUGCUCAUGGACUUCAUCCCUGUGGAUGACAAGAGAUACAGAUAUGCGUUCCACAGCUCCUCGUGGCUGGUGGCAGGCCGGGCCGACGUGGCGGCCCCGGGGAGGAUGCACUUCCACCCUGACUCUCCCGCCAGAGGCUCCCAGUGGAUGAAACAGAUGGUCUCCUUCGACGCACUCAAACUGACCAACAACCUGCUAGAUGACAAUGGACAUAUGAUCUUGAACUCCAUGCAUCGUUACCAGCCUCGAUUCCAUGUGGUGUAUGUGGACCCACGGCGGGAUAGCCAGCUUCAUGCCCAUCGCAACUUCUGCACCUUCUCCUUCCCGGAAACACGCUUCAUAGCCGUCACUGCCUACCAGAACCACAGGAUCACCCAGUUGAAGAUAGCCAGUAACCCGUUUGCCAAGGGCUUCCGAACUACUGAUCCUGACGCCUGGGUGGGCAGUGCCAGGCCCCUGCGUCACUCUCUGCCCACCUGGCAGCCACAGGAGGGCAGCCACGAGCCUGACAGUAUGUCGGGAGAGCAGCGAGCACAGAACCUAAAGAGUCUAUCAACGCAUCGUGAACUAGGUCACCACUGCAGGGAAGACAUCAACUGUACCAGUGAGAGAAAGGAUGUGGAGAAUAAUAUUUUUCCACCUUUGACUUUCAUCCCCCUUCCCACUCUCUGGGAAUGUCCAGGCAUUUCAGAGAGACUGAACCUGGGAUGAGAGGAGGGAAUGUCUUACAUAGUUCCAUUGCUAAAGAUCUUCCUACAGUAGCCCACAUUCUCCUUCAAUAUGUGAAUAUCUCUCUUCAUUAUUUCUCAAAGGAACCAAGUGAAAAUGUUCUAUUAUGAGCUCAAUCAUUUAGCUUAUUUUCUUUGAUUGUUUCAUCUUGGACUGGUGAUUUUAGAUAUGACUUUUUACACAAAGCACAAGAGGCAAUAUAGGUGGAUUAAUUGUUUAAAGUGGAAAAUAUUGUUAUUCAAAUGAUGUCAAUAAAGACCAAUUUAAAAUAA